GGCAAGUGCAUGUGACUUAUCCUUUCGUCACCCAUGGCUGUGCCCGGGCGGGGGUGUUGACACCUUCGCCUUUGCGGCCUGCACAUGUGAUGAGCUUCUUGGACGUGUCCGAGGACAACACCCUUGUGCUUUCCGCAGAGCCAAACGCGAGCUGGUGGAUUGAUGCUUCAUCCGAACACCUCCGCGUGAGUUCAAAGCUGUAUCCACACACUGAGUGGUGCAUUUGUGCGGACCAACCUCAGUUGUACGUAUGCAAGUGCGGUGCGAUGCAUAUUAAACAGAGGUACUUGGUGGUCAAUCGAGGAUUGCUUCAAGGAUACGAUGGCUUGAAGUGCCUUCAAGCAGAUCAGACCUUGAACUUUGAAAGGUGCCCUGCGGGCUCACGUGAGAAGUUUCUGUGGUACUUCGACUCCGGAAAUUGCUUCUUCGGCUUUGAUCUCACCAACACGGCAGAGAAACGUUGGACAGCCACCUCGGAAGCUGAAACCUCCAAGCUCUUGCGGCUAGGGAACUUUGCCUUCAAGGACAUCAUAAGUCCAGACGUAGGCCUUUUUCAGAUUUACCUGGACUACGCUGAGAUGAAUUCUCAGCAGUGCCUCCAUGCGAACAUGUCAAAGCUCUUGAAUCCGGGCUAUGAGAUGCAAAUUUCGAACGAUUGCCGGUCAGCUUUCGUGUGGAGAGGAGCUCAUUUGGUCUAUUUUCACCUCUCUGACACGAAAACCAGCUACUACGUGCAGAUCGACCCCGGGUCGGGAGUCUUGAUCGCUACCACCAAAGCGAUCCCUGGAGCGGAUGACAAAUUCGAGAUCACCUCCGAGGGGAAGUUGGUCCCUGUGAGUAAACCCACUAAGUGUCUUCAGGCGAAGAAAGUUGAAACAGUGCCCCUCAGCAAUGGCCUUCGAAGCCUGGUGGCCAGCCCAAGCAGCUCGCCAGAGUAUAGCCCCUGCACGAGCUACGGAGAAUUUUCAGGUGAUGGUGAGUAUUACCAGGUGUGCCGAGGAAGUCCGCUCUUGCAGCUUCAAGAUACAAUCGAGGCUCACUGUGAAGUGGAUCCAGACGACUUCUCCCCGGUUUGCGGCGUCAGCGCACACGGGUAUGUGCUGAUGGACAUGCGGUGGCCCUCCUCAAUACCUGUGGAGAAGACCGAUGACAAACUCAAUGGACACUGCUCAGCCAAGUGCGCCUAAUUGGGGUCUCGGAAUGCUGCCAUGCCGGCACCCAAGGCACAAAUGAUCGAGGUGAAGCUUGAUGAAGCAAGCCACCUCGUGAAUUUCAGCUGCCCUUCCGACUGGCUGAUACAAAGCAUUAUUUUUUGGAUCGACGGCAGGAAUUUUGUGAUGUGUGGGACAGGAUGGGAAACCACGAUCGCGGCAGACCCAAGCAGUCCCAGCCACGUUUCCUUCGAGGUUGGUGAAUGCUCUUUCCAUC